AUGAAGUCGGCCAGGCCGUCCCUCGUGGACGCCCCAGCGCAUCGCAGAGCCCAGCCCGUCCGACAAGCGCGCACCAACCCAUCGCGUGGCCCAGCUCAUGCUGGCCGUCACGGCGCCGGCGGCAGAGACGGCCAUUCAGGUCCCGCGGGCGACCAGCCCAUCGACAUCUUCCCGGCAAUAACGCACUUCGCCGACACCAUCACUGCCCUCCCCAAGGAGCUCGUCCGACAUUUUACACUGCUUAAGGAGGUCGACGCCAAGCUCUUUGGCCCGGAAGACCAGCUCUUCAAGCUCGUCGAGCAGGCUGCGAAUGCUCCCGCACCGGAGCCACGACCCAGCAAUGACGCCACUGGUGUCGGCGCGUCCUCUUCGGCGCCCAUGAGCACACAGAACAGCUCCAGCGGCUUCGGCCCAGGCCGUGCCGUUCGCUCGGCUCCCCCGUCUGACGAGCCCAACACGACCGCUCCGAGCAGCGUCUUCGAUCCCUCCAAUAUUCCUCGCCGCCAGCUCUUCCGACAGACGGCUUUCAAAAUCCAGGAGAUGCUGGUGUCGCUCGAGGAGAAAAACCACGUCAUAUCGACUGCCAAUGAGGCCCUCAACCGCCAGCUCGCGCGCAUCGAGGACGUGUGGCCCUACCUCGAGAGCGAGUUCAGCGACGAGGCGAAAUGGGGCAGCACCACACACUGGGCCUACCCAGAGAACAGAAACGGCAAGGCUGCUCACGCCGAGCGCGCACGUCGCGACGGCGCCGCUGCCAUUUCUGCUGCCGCCCAAGCCCUCGCCGAGGAAGCUGCGGCUAGAAGCGAUGCGAGGAAACAGGCCGUUCAGGCGAAGCGAAACCAGAGAAAUCAGCACCACGACUCGGACGCCGACGACCUCGCCGGCCGGCACAAGGGAGAAGGUGGCAAGAAGGCCCAGAGCAGCAAGUCUAGAAAAACUGCAGAGGCCAACGUCGGUCUGGGCAUCACUGGAGCGACUGCGAAUGGAAACCCGCCGCCAAAGCGCCGCAAGGUGGAAAAGACUACGAACGGCGGAGAGCCCAUGGAACGCGCCAUGAGCAGCGUCUUUGGAAACGCCGCGCCCAAGACUAAGACGAGCAGCCCGCGAGGGACACCGGCGCCAGACGGGCCCAAGAAGCGCAAGGCCCUCCCCACCGGCAGCGGCCAGGCCAAGAAGAAGCAAGUGCCCUCCAAGAAUGGCAUGUCUCCCUCGGUCACGUCCUCACCUGUUAUGGGUAACCUCCCCGAGCCGAAGACACAGGCGCGCGCAUCGCCUAUACCUAGCAGCGCUCCCCGGCCGGCGUCGUCGCGUGCGCGGCAGAACUCUAUACAAUCCAACGCGGAUCCGAAUGGCAGAGCGAGAGCGCUGUCGUCAGCAUCCACCAAGCCUAACGGCAAGGAGCCCAGUACUCCAGACAUGUCCUCGAUGGGCGUUUUCCCACGCCCCACGAAUGAACCCAAACCCGUCAAGGAGACCAUCGUCCCCCUGAAGCCGGAGACGAUCAAGAAGGAGGCAGACCGACCAGAGAGUAGCUCUAGGCCGCCAUCCACCGUGGGAAAGAAGGACAGCAAAGACGAAACGGACAACAAGAGCGAGUCCGUGCCGCCACAGCCGCAGACCACGGUAACGGUGACGACAAAGAGCGGUAGGGCGAGCAAACCGUCGACUCCGGCGCUGGCGACCUUUCAGGAGGCAGCACGGCCGCGAUCGUCUAGGAACACGGACAACGGAGGGGCGAGCAAGAAGAGCCAUAAGAAGGGUGGUUCCGUGGCGCAGGCCAUCGCACCCCAGGUCGUUGAGUCGGAUGCGAACAGCAGCAGCCUGCAGGGCGACGAUGACGAUGAUAACGACAUCGAUGCAGACGAGCCGACGUACUGCUACUGCAACAGCGUUAGCUACGGCGAGAUGGUGGCGUGCGACGCCGACGAAUGUGAGCGCGAGUGGUUCCAUCUGGCGUGUGUUGGCCUCAAGGUCGCGCCGGGCUCUAAGACGAAAUGGUACUGCGAGGACUGCAAGAAGCGCCUUAAGAUGGGAGACAAGAAGGCCAGCAGCCGAUAG